AUGAGCAUGGUUCGGUACCAAAAGGAAAAGAUGCCGGUCAGAGUGGCCGAAAGUGUACUUUUAGCCUUGUUUUCCGCCUCAGACACAAGGGCGACCACCUGUGCUCGAAAGACCGACGGUUCUCAGACUUGGCAGCCCCUAGACGCCGUGUGCAAAGCAAACCGUAGGACUGUUUUCCUGUUGCCCCUUCUGCCCACCGAGUCCACAGGCUCGUGCCUCAGACACACUUCCUUCUACCACCCCAUCUUUUUCCCUCAUCUUGCCCAAUUUGCUCAUUGGCAGGCAGCAAAACUGGGCGGCGCUGGGGGGCAAAUUAGGAGAUGA